UUUUCGAACGAGAUAUCAUUUGCAUUUUCGAUUUUUCAUCCCAACAUGAACUUAUUCCCCCUUCUCUUUUUGUCUUUAGGGGUCUGUAACUCGGUUUAUUCCCUCGGUUUAUUCCCUCGCGAUUUAUCCCUCGCUCGAUCGAACAGCAGCUCUCGAAUGACAUAAUUUGUUGAAAUCGGUUGGGUAAAAAACUACCUAUAAGUUAAAACAUUUUUAUGAUUUAAGCUUGCAUUUAUUCAUAAAAUAUUUAUACAAAUAUUCAAAAUGCUCGUCAUGAUUAUUCUGAUAGUUGUUAUUGUGCUUUUGCUCAUUGUUGUAUAUCUUCUUCACAAAAAUAAUAAACAAUUUUCACAACAACAACCGAAACCUUCAGUAACGUUAACUGCCUUGCCAGCUCCUGAGGCAAUUCUACAUUCGACCCCGCCAUCUCAUUUAGGGCUUCCAAAUACACUUCCACAGCCAGUGCCAGUUGGGAAUGAUUCAAAAUCUUCGCUUCAAAUUGCAAUUUUACCAAUUAUAGUGGUUGGAGACAGAAACGAGAAGGUGAAUUUGCUGCAUAAUGGAGAUAAUAAAGCUGAGAAAGGAGGCGGAAAAAUGGGAACAAGUAAGAAGGAGAAUUAUUUGGAAAGGCGUAAUCCGACACAAAAUUCAAUUUCGUCCGAAGUGUUGUUUGGAGAUAAAUGCAAUGAUGAGAAUUCUAAAAAAGAAGAAGAUGCAACAUCCUUAUCAGGAAGUGAUAGCAGUUCAUCUAAAUUUGACGAACAAGAGGCUGCUGCAGUGUUCAAGGCAACUUUUUUUUAUAUUUACUAUGCUGAUAGAAAGUAUACCAGCUCUGUCAAAGUUUGCAACAUUAAUGCGAGGGGCAACGAAUGAAUCAAAUAAAGAAG